AUGUCGGUUGGUGGCUACAACAGCGAGGAGGUGGACCGUGAGCUUGCUGAGCAACUUCAAGAAGCAGAAGUUGCGGAGGGGGUGCCAGAGCAGACUUCAGAAGAUGAGGAGUCAGAGGAAGCCGAGGAGGAGGGCGAGUUUCAAGAUGAUACCAUCACCAUUGUCUUGUCUGACACAGAGUGGUCAAAGAUUUUGAAGCGCUACCCUAUCACUGACGAGUUCAAGGCAAAGAUUGAGAACAUCAGCAACCCCGAACAGCUCCAGAACAUCAUCAACGACAUGGCCAGGGAUAUCAACAAUGAGAUUAUCAAGUUGAAGGCGACGAAGGCGAUGAAGGAGCGCCUCAAGACCUUAAUCAAGAAGGCCAGGGAUGCUAAGGUCAAGAAGGAGCAGGGUGGUGAGACUACACAGGCAAAGAAAGGCAAAAGCAUGUACACGGUGGCCAUCUCGUUCAAUGGGCGUCGCUUUGAACUCUCACUCAAAGGACGUGCAACAUACAAGAGCAUCAGGGAGGCUCUCCGCUUCAACUUCCCCAAGGAGUUCCCUUCCGAGAAGACCUUCAAGAAGCUGACUUUCACAGUGGAGGGCGCUUCUUCCAGUAUGACGGCAACAUUGGGAGCAACGAGGACGGAACUGCUGGCAUGGGGGGCUACAGAGAAUGCUCCACUCGUCAUCAACGUGGUCGAGAAGUCUGGUUCAACCGCUUCAGCUUCCACAACGGGGGCAACCGCUUCGACUUCCUCAACGGGGGCAACCGCUUCGGCUUCAUCAUCGGCGGCACCUGCACCAAAGCCCAAGACAAAGAAGAGCAAGAAGUCCAAGAAGGACAACGUCGAUGGAGUGAAUGAUGAGACGCAGUAG